CUGCUGCGGUGCUUCCCUCACUGCUGCCCAGAGCACGUCAAGCGCAGCUACUGCGGAUGCUCCGUGCACGUGUUGGUCACCUUCUCGGCGGGCGUGAGCGGUGCGGAGCUAGGAGGCAUCGCCGUCUGCGCUCGCUUCGAGCCGUCGCGGGUCGCGCCGAUCUGGCCGGCAGGUGUGGCUGAGCUCGCUCGUUAUGUCGGUGCCGCAGAGAACGACGAGGACGAGAGCAAGCGGAAGGACGAGAGAGGACUGGACAUCGGCGAGACUGUCGCGCUGCCGACCAGCUUGUUCGCUUCUGCUGCUGAUGCAGACGAGUCGACGGCGACUUGCUCUGGCUGGCUGCGCGCGACUAGAGAGACCAACGAGCGGCAUCGCGCGUUUCCCAAGAAUACUGCUCUCUACGUUUUCAACCGAGGUCGAUCCCCCAAGUGGAUGUACAGCUACGACAGCAGCGUGACGCGCGCACAGCGCGAGAUGACGCACCAUCUCGUUGUGUAUGCAUUCCUCCCGCGGCCAACAGUAAAUACGAGUGGAGAACAACAGUAUCAGACGGACAGCAGCAACGCAGUCGUUUUGGCGCGGCAUGCGUCGCCA